CGAACAAAACGGCGCAUAUUUGACUUAAAUUGGAUAAUUUUAAGUAUGUUAAAUAAAGCGUCAGAUUUUGAUAAGAAAUACGACAUUUCUUUUUCCCCGACCUUAUAUAUUUUUUUUAAAUAAUGAAAAAUAAUAUUUAAACCAGAGAUCGAAAUCCUCGCUCGGAUGCACAAUAAAUAUUCAAUCAAUCAAUCUAGUUUUCGAUUAACCGUGUAUUGUUGAUAUUUUCGUCUCUUCGUUUUCACCGAAAAUUCUUUUUCAGAGAGAAAGAGAUGUGGAAAAUAUCGUUCUCGGAAGUUCAACGAGAAUGGUUUUUCGUCUCUCAUUUGGUACUGAAAAUAUGGAGCGAAAAUCAUAUUUAACUUCACCAACGUUAAUCUGUUAGGACAGCGUCCAAACGAUUUGCAUUUGGACAGCGUCUGAAUUGUACAAUUAUUAAUCCAUCUCAUGUUCACUUCACGAUGAAACCCAAUAUUGCCGCAUAUUUUCAUGCAAUGUUUUCAGCUGUACUGAAGAAGUGAAAAACCAUUAUCGGCAUCAAGGAGUCACUGAAAACGAAACCAUUUUUCGGCAAUCAUAACUCACCGAAAAAUAAAAAUCGGCUUUGCGUUUCUCGCGAGAAUCGAAGUGAGCGUAUAACAUUCUCUCGCCUCUCAUAUUCUCAGCUAUUUUUCCCUGUGGGUGAAAACGGAUGUUUUUCGUCUCAAAUCGGCGAGCAUUUCGAUCUCUGAUUUAAACAAUUUCAUUCAAAAAUAUGGUUUGCUGCACAAAGCGCGUGAAGUCCUCUUUAAAAAAUUUCCCCGAAAGACGAAAUCCUACGUUAGGUUGUACUAAAUACGUUAGGUCAAAAAUAAUAACAUAGAUCAAGAAGAUCGCUAUCGAGCUCCCCACACUUUUCGCAUACAACAAGAGGAGCGCUAUUGCGCUCCCCCGUAUUCAAAUGGUUAAAAUCGGUUGAUUGAAAAAUCGGAUUUUUUCAGAAAUUUUCCUGAAUUUCGAAUAGGAAGGUCGAAAAAUUCGGAAAAUUGAAUUCCUAUGUAUUAUACAAUAACAUCAUGAUACAAUAACAUCAUGAUUCUUCACAUCUGGCAUCCCUGUACCAUACACAAAAUAGAAUAGUAUACCCACCUUUCAUAACACUUGAUUUUGCGAGUUUCUGUUUUGAUCACAUUUUUGUUUCCUUCACUUCACCUUUCUAAAAUCUUCAUAACUCACGUGUAGUCAGUCACGUAUUCCAUUUGGUAUAUUGUUUUUCGACCGGAUAAUAUACACAGUUUACGUUUUAUCCUACAUCUUAACGAGUGACUGCUUCCAGUAGUUGAAAAAAAAGAGUUGAAAAGAAUUUCAUCAUGACCUUCAGCUGAGGUUGGUUUCUUUCUGUCGGCCUUGUGAGAUAUGUUACAUUCUUCAUCAGGAUCUUGAACGAACCACUGUAAUCUCUAAAUCGUGGUUUAAUAUUGUUAGUUAAAUAAGUAGAAGGAAACAAAAACCAUGGCAGCUAUUGAGGUUGAGAUAGCACCGGAGGUGAAAAUUGUUAAGGCUAAACCCGUCAGGAAGGUAUUCAAAGGGGCCACUAGAGUGGUGAACAAAAUACCCCAAGCGCUGUUGGACGAUGUAGAACUCAAUGCUGCCAUUGGAGUGCUUCCCACUAACUACAAUUUUGAGAUUCACAAAUCGAUCUGGCGCAUCCGGGAGAUGAAGGCAAAGAGAGUGGCUUUACAGAUGCCAGAAGGCCUCCUAAUGUUUUCACUCGUGAUCAGUGAUAUAAUUGAGCGUUUCACUGAAGCAGACACAAUUAUAAUGGGUGAUGUUACGUACGGAGCAUGUUGUGUAGAUGAUUACACUGCCAAAGCGUUAGGUGCUGAUCUGUUGAUACACUAUGGUCACAGUUGUCUUGUUCCCGUGGAUCAAACCGCCGGCAUUAAAGUGUUGUAUGUUUUUGUAGACAUCAAAAUAGACGUGUUGCAUUUCAUUGAGAGCGUGAAACUCAAUUUUCCAAAAAACCGUAAAUUGGCUCUGGUUAGCACUAUCCAAUUUGUUGCAACCCUCCACCUCGCGGCUAAAGAGUUACGAGAGGCCGAAUAUGACGUUGUAAUUCCUCAAUCCAAACCACUGAGUCCAGGGGAAAUCCUUGGCUGUACGGCACCUCGGAUAGAAAAUGAUCGAGUGGUCAUCUAUUUGGGAGACGGCCGGUUUCAUUUGGAGGCGGCAAUGAUUUCGAAUCCUUCACUAGAAGCCUACAAAUAUGAUCCUUAUGAGAAGAAAUUCACUCGGGAGCAUUACGAUCAUGCUGCGAUGCGAAGGAACCGAAAGAAGGCAAUCGAUGAUAGUCGUGAUGCUAAAAAAUUCGGACUCAUUUUGGGAACAUUGGGACGGCAAGGAUCUACAAAGGUUAUGGAGCACUUACAAAGGAGACUAAAACACCACAAGCGACAGGCUGUUAUCAUAUUACUGUCGGAAAUAUUCCCGAAUAAACUGGAACUUUUCAAGGAUGUUGACGCGUUCGUGCAGGUUGCUUGUCCGCGUCUUUCUAUCGAUUGGGGAACAGCGUUCGCGAAGCCCCUGUUGACACCAUAUGAGCUUUCUGUAGCACUUGGUGAUGCCCAAUGGAAGCUGGACAGUGGAUGCGAUAGGCCUGUGGAUCAAGGGUCCCUCUCGAAUGGAGAUACGUUGAUACAAGCUCAGGAGGCUUAUCCAAUGGAUUUUUACGCACACAAAAGUCUCGGUGAAUGGACUCCCAAUCACAAACCCUUGGACAUUUGUGAGAAUUCUCUGAGUGGUGGAUGCUGCGGAAAAUGUACAGAGGAGAAAAAGGAUCAAAAACGGAUCUCGAAUAAAUGAUCCAUGACAUAUACCUUAA